AUGGAGCCCGACGAGAACGACGACUUUGUCGAUGAAGGCUAUGCCAGCACUUCCGGAAAUAGCAGCUAUGUGACGAGCAUAGCAACCGAGAUCCGUGAGGGGAUUGAAGAAUACGGCCGACGAUGGGCGGCAUACGGGAGACAUUUUUACGGCCUUCCCAUCGACGAUCAGGAACAGAACCGCAAUGACCUCCAACAUUACAAGUUCUUCCUCCUGUACGAGGGUCGCCUCCAUCUCGCCCCCAUUGAUCCUAACCCUCAGAAUAUCCUGGACUUGGGCACUGGGAGCGGCAUCUGGGCCAUCGAGAUUGCUGACAUGUAUCCCAUGGCACGAGUCAUUGGCGUUGACAUUGCGGCAGUCCAGACCGAAUGGGUGGCGCCAAACUGCCACUUUGAGAUUCUGGAUGUCGAGACGGACUGGGAGUUUCCGAGGAAGUCCUUCGACUUGAUCCAUGCCAGGGAGUUUCUGUUCGCCAUCAGAGACUGGCCGGCCCUCAUCUCACAGGCAUAUGAACACCUUAGACCGGGCGGGUAUUUCGAGCUCGCGGUCACGGUGCCGGAAGUCGGCUGUGACGACGGCACUUGCCCACCUGAUUCGACCUACACUGAGAUGGGCAAGCUCUUCUUCAAGAUCGCGCAAGCCAUGGGCAUUGACGGCUCCGCCUGCAAAUCGUGGAGGCAACAGUUGCUGGACUGUGGCUUUGAGGAUGUCCAGGAAACUGUCUUCAAGAUCCCGACGAAUCGAUGGCCAAAAGACAAAAGAUUGAAAACCAUCGGGGCGCUCGAGGUGCACAAUUUCUUCCAAUACGCACAGGCUGGGUUUGAGAGAGGCGCAGUGGCCCUGCUCGGAAUGGACCCGGUAGAGCUCGAGGUCAUGCUCGCCCGCACACGGAAGGAGAUCCUGAAUCGAGACAUCCACACCUACGUGCACUUCUACAACGUGUAUGGCCGGAAGCCAGGGCCACCGGGAUAG